UCGUUGCCAUUGCAAUGCAAAUUCUUCGCCACCCUCAUUUCUCACAGUCGCACUCCCCCUUUGCAUAAUCAUCUUCCCAAACUUCUCAUCUCAUCGCCGUUACAUCAAAAGAUCCACACUAACACGAUCAACCCUCCCAAAACGACGUCGCAUCUCAUCAAAACUCGUCUAGACUCAUAGCAACGCUUUCUACACGCUAAACGGCGUCGUCACCAUUGCAAUGCUUAUUCAUUUCAUCAAUAUCCUUUUCUCCUUAAUUAUCCUAUAAUCCCUUUUAUCUUUGACAUCCUCAUCGCUGAUUCCUCACGAUAAAACGACACCGUUGCCAUUGUGAUUGUUAUUUCCAUCGUCGUUUUUGACAUUCUCGUUCAAUCAUCAAUUUCUUUGUGUGUGGGGAUUCGUUUGAGCGCAUUGCAAACGACGUCGUCUCUCGGUCUCCGUUUCGUCGCCGCAAUGCCGUUCACGCGCUGCAACAGCCAGAUUCCAGUGCCUCCGCCGUCGCCGAUCCCAACUGCCAACGGCUCCCGCUCUGCCGCGAACGCGACCUUCAGCGAGUUCCUAGAGAAGACGCUACAGCUACCGGAGCUUAUACUUCCGGAACCUCACUUCCCUCCGGCGCCGGCAGAGAUCGACCUCCGUUCGCUGCCAAUGUCUUCCGCGGACCUCGUGAUUCGAUCCUCCAGGGAGUUCGGCGCGUUUCGGAUCCGGUGCCACGGGAUCCCCGCCAACGACCUCGGAACAGUGGUGGACGAAGCGGAGCAGGUCUUCAAAGACUCGCGAAACGCCGUCGUCCAGCGCAUAGGGUGCGGCGGAGAAAUGAUUCCUUUCGUUCGGUCUCGCAAAGGAGUAAUGGAAUUCACCGCAAACAAGAUUCUUGGGAACCAAGCGCAUCGAAGCUUCUGGGUUCAUAUGGGGAACGUUGCAAGUAGAUUGGAUAGCAUAGUGGAGCAAGUGACCCUUGCUCUACAACAGGACAAAUCUCAAGAAGAUUUUAAGGAACGUAUUCUAGAGACAGAGUCAGUGAUUUCCCUGUGCAGGUAUCCGCACGACAAGGCCCCAAAACAAAACAGUGCCGUGUCUGCUGGGAAGAGGGAAACAUGUGACUAUGCUUUGCGAUUCUACCUUCCCAUGGAGCACUGUAUAUUUUACGUCCAAACAGAAAGAGGUCCCCUAUCAUUUGAUGCAGGUCGAGAGCAUAUAGUUGUCAUCGUUGGCAAACAACUGCAGGAGUGGAGCAACGGUGUAUUCAAAUGUGUUCCUGCUGCGGAAAUGAUCUUCAUGCCGAGUUUCCAUAGUAGUUCAGCCUCUUUCUCCAUAGAGCUUACUUGCUCGCUCUCUUCAAAUCAAAGCUUAAACUCUUCUAACAAGAAUCUCAAGAUGAUCUCCUUAACUGAUCAAAUCCUUUUUAUUUUUCUCCUUGCAUUUCUAUACAGAUUCAUCUGUUUCAUUUAUUCUUGAUCCUCAAGAACAUGGUGCACCAUUUUGUUUUCUUUGGAUGUUUUUUCACGUGGCCAUAUGAUGUUGCUCUUACCCAGUAACAUCAAUUUUCAUUCGAGCCCUUUUUUAUGUCUAAUUUAUUUACAGAAGAAGCCAUUAUGAUGUACAGUAGUUUGAGUGUAAAGGUUGUGAGUUUGGGUUAGAAUACCAGUUAUGCGAUGUUGUUAACUUGAUUGAGAGUUGAAAAUAGCUAAAUGUGUUGUAUACAUACAUCUUCCCGUAUUGGAUAUUACUCAAUAUUCAUAAACAACACUGUUUUGCAUAUUGACUAUCUGAUUUUCUUUUUAUCGGAAAUACUGACAAGAAUUGAUGAA